AUGUACUUCUCGAACCUCAACCACUGGACAUCAGAGGGUGUUAAUGAUAUUUCAUGCUGUCGGUCGGUCGUCGAAUUUUGUCGUAAAACUUGUUUUGUCCCAGGUCACAACACGGACGGGAAGUACUUCGUGACGAGCACGAAGCUUUCGUUCCACUUUGAGACGGUCCCGAAGCACGUCGCGAUGUUCUUCGAGAAGACCAAGGAUGGCCACGUGAUGCCCGUCAAGGACGUGGACAUUGUCGACUUCUCCUGCGGAAAUAACCACACUGUGGCGAUAGACUCGAAGAAGCGCGCGUUCAGCUGGGGCUUCGGCGGGUUCGGGCGGCUGGGGCACGCCGAGCAGAAGGACGAGAGCGUACCUCGGCUGAUCAAGUACUUCGACUCGUCGGCGCGCGGCGUCCGCUCUGUGCACUGCGGCGCCACGUACAGCCUCGCCGUCAACGAACUCGGUGCCCUCUUCUUGUUCGGUCAAACGAAGCGCACUGGAGAGGCUAACAUGUAUCCCAAGCCAGUACAGGAUUUGCACGGCUGGAACAUCCGGAGCAUAGGGUGCAGUAACACCUCGAUUGUGAUCGCGGCGGACGACUCCGUUAUCGCCUGGGGCAUAUCACCCACCUACGGCGAGCUGGGCACAGGGGAGAUAAACAAGUCGACCGCGCGGCCCAAAGAGGUGACAAAGAUGGAGGGGCUGAAUGUGACCCAGGUCGCGAUGGGCUACUCCCACUCCCUGCUGCUCUGCGACGACGCCAACGACGAGGUCAAACAGAAACUGGAGACCGUACCCCUCUUCGAACCCUAAACACCACAAAAACACGUUCACUUUCAUCUUUUCAAUACAAUUUUUAUUCUAAUCAGAUACCUUUCUGAUACACAGAACUGUAACUGAACUGUGCGAUUAUCUAACGCUGGGCGAUUGUACAAAAUUAUCUUUUUAAAUUAUUGUAACUGAUGUAAACUUAUGUCCAUUUUGACUUUUUAAGCUAAAGUA